AUGGCUACAGUCCCUGAACCCAGUGCAUCUCACACCCGCGCCCCAAGCAGCCGGCAAGACGACCAAAUCUACAUCCCCUCCGAAGAGAACGAGUACGAGCUGUCCACAGCCGCUCCCAUCGACCCGCCACCGUCCUACCGCUCCCGCAAAGCCAGCACAACCCACGACCCCGCGACAGCACUGGCAACUCCCCCACCGUCCCAAGACCCAAACAUCACCAUCACCCACCCCGCGCCCGCCGCGCGGCCCUCAACCUCAUCCAACCCGCCCCCCUACCCACUGCCAACGCGAAACCCACGACGUUCACAGGCCCACAUAACCGACGCCACCACCACACCCUCUCCCAGCAGCACCAGCCGCCAGCGGCCGUCCCUAGGCGACAUAGCUUGGGCGGCGGUGCUGCUGCUGGUGGUGCUCUUCCUCGCGCUGGCGGCGCUCUUCUCGUGCACGGUGGCGGUGAUGAGCAUCGCACACCCGGGGCGCGUGACGUAUGAGAAUGCGGGGGCGUUCUUUGCGCGGGCGGGCUAUGCGGUGGUGGUGGAGGUUGGGGUGUUGUGUAUGGUUGGGGGGGUGUAUCUUUGCAUUCGGAGGAGGCGGGCGUGUGGGGGUGUUGUUCGUGAGGGGGGAGGGGGUUGA